AUGGCGUUCCCAGGAUCCGCUGCAACGGCCAACAUCAGAGCAGUCCUCCUUCCUGCUGCUGCCACGUGGCAGCACGUCAGCGUGACGUCAGCAUCCAGCAGCACGCGAAUCUCGCCUGCAUCUUUCACAAACUCCCUUAGUUUCCAACGAGAAAAGAGGGGGAGAUGUCUGCGGGGAGGGCUAGAAAAUCACAUAAGCGCACUGAGCCUUAGAAGAGAUGGUGUUUUCCCAGGCGGGUUGGUAGGCGCGAUAGGGCAGAAUGGGGAAUGCGGUAGGGGAAGGAGGGGAGUGCGCGUGCGUGCGGAUGGGGGGACCACGACGACGGAGGCGAAUGGCGUGACGGCAAGUGGUGGCACCGGAUGGGCGGAGCGGCGGGAGGAGGAGAUCGCUGCGUUGGUAGACGAGGUGAAGAGCAUCCUGGCUCGCGACCAUGCGUCUCUCCCUGUGGGCGAGUAUGGGAGGGACGACGAAGCCAUGCUGAGGUGGUUCCUAAAGGAUCGCAAGUACAAGGUCGAGCCCACAGUGGAGAAGCUUGUGAAAGCCAUUAAAUGGCGCCACGAGUUUGGAGUGGCAGGGCUGACGGCUGCUGACGUGGCAGAGGAGGGGGCCACGGGGAAGGCUUUCCUUCACGAGCAUGCUGACGUGGACGGGCGGCCAGUGAUCGUCGUGGUCGCAGCAAAACACUUCCCCAACUCAUCCCGCCUGGUGUACAGCCAGCAGCUGUGCGCGUACCUCAUUGAAAGAGCCAUCGAGCGACUGCCGGAAGGGAAGGAGCAGUUCCGAGGGAUAUUCGACCUGCGAGGCUUCACCGCUAAGAACACUGACCUUACGUUUGUCAAGUUCAUGAUUGACGUUUUCUUCAACUACUAUCCCAAGAGAUUGCACCAGGUGCUCUUUGUGGAUGCGCCCUUCAUCUUCCAGCCGGGCUGGAAGGUCAUGAAGCCUCUGCUUAAGUCGUAUGCCAACCUGGUUGUUUUCUGCAAGGCCGAGGAGGUCAGAGACAAGUAUUUUCAGCCAGGCCAAGCACCUGAGUCGUAUCUUUGA